ACUGUUUGAGUACUUGCAGAAGAAACAGAAGCUACAAAAUCCAGGAGAAGUGUCUCGACUAUUACAAGUACUCCCUGUGGUGAUUCCAGAUACAGGUGAUCUUGACGGUCCAACUGAGGAAAGUAACAGUGUCAAAAAAGAAAAUGGAGCCCUGUCAGAAAGAAUACCUGAGUUUGCCAAAGAAUCACCCGUGAUCACUGCUGAAGAAAAAGAGCUUAGCAGAACUGAACAGCCUCUCCAGACAACAGCAAAUCAAGAACGAAUGGUCAUGUUAAGUUCACGCCAACAUGAAGAGCUCCAAAAACACACAAAUAUCCCUUCCUUGGAUCAUCAUCUUGAAGAAGGGGCUUUGCCUGGCAACAAACCACCAAACCAGCAGAUGCACAAAUCUCCCAAAGAUGAAAAAAGGCAAAUGCAGCAGACAGAUGAUGAUUUCAGUGUGGCCACUGAAAAACCCCACAAAUCUAAUGGUGUUGCUGAAAAGCCCAGUGAGUGUGAUGGCAAAAACAAAGAUGAGGAGACGAAUAAUGUCACACAGGCUAAAGAAGAAACAGCUGACAUGGCUAAAGAAGAAGAAGAAGAUGAUGAUGAAGAUGGUGAUGAAAAGGCAGAGGAGGAGAAGGUUGGAAGUGAGGACCCUGAGGCACUGGUAUGGCACAUCUGUGGGAUGAACAAGAAGAACGAGACGUACAACCUGUCAUUUCUGAGAAGCUGGAGCAACACAAAUGGGGAGGCGUCCAAGUUCAAGGUCUGGAAGGAAGGAGACAAGGAAGAAGAUGCAAUCCCAUUGAGGGAGGCCGUGAAGCUCGCGUUCCCAAGGAAAACUGGGAAGGUAGUUAAAAAGCGUAAAACAUCGUAGGUUGUACUAGUGAAAGGAAGUUGUAUCUACCCAUCUUCUAUAUCUACACAUAUAUGCACAUAUUAUUUGGUUUUUCGGCAUGUGCUAUGGGGGUGUCGAUUUUGACUUUGGGUUAACCCUUUCAAUCCAAUGCAAAAUAAUGGUUGUUCUCUUUA